GGGCAUUUUCUGCAGUGCCCACAAACACCGGUGGCUAUUUGGAGGUCAGGGAGAGAAAGAGGGGCGGAGAGAAAGCCGGGAAGACAGGUGUGUUACCUGGCCCGUACAGGUGUGUUACCUGGCCGAUGCAGGUGCAGGGAAGGGAUUUGCUUUGAUGCAGUGACUGCUGAAACCGAGGAUCAGAGGGGUAUCUCAGCUUCCGCGCCUUGGCACUUACUUGGGAGCAAGCGCCCUUCGGCACAAGGCAUACCUGUGUGAAAGCUUGCAGAGUCCACUUUCAGCCUCAGCUCGACACUCCGCCUUCCCAGGGCCGCUGGCCUGGCUCAAAUGAUGCCUGCAGAAGGGGAGCCGGUGGUCCGCAGAGGGGAGGAGGGAGGCGAGGGUGAGGAGGAACGCUUUCUGGCCUGGGAGGAAAGCUGGCGGCCCUGGCCGGGAACACGGAAGAAGGUCAGAGGCUGCCUGUUGUGGGUCAAGGCGCAGCUCUUCCGUGUGGGGGACGACUGGUACUUCCUCUUCGCCUUGGGGGUCCUCAUGGCCCUGGUCAGCUUUGCCAUGGACUUCACCGUCUCCAAGGUGGCCAACGCCCACGCAUGGCUUUACCAAGAAGUCGGGGAUUACCCGGUGCUGAAGUUCCUUUCCUGGACCACGUACCCCGUCGCGCUCUCGGCAUUCUCCACGGGCUUUGCACAAAGCAUCACCCCGCACUCUGGAGGCUCCGGCAUCCCCGAGCUGAAGGUCAUCCUGACGGGCAUAAUCAUGGGCGAGUACCUGGCCAUCGAGAACUUCGGGGCCAAGGCCGUUGGCCUGACCUGCACCCUCGCCUGCGGCAGCACCAUCUUCCUCGGGAAAGUGGGCCCCUUCGUGCACCUCUCCAGCAUGAUCGCUGCCUACCUGGGGAAGAUCCGGACCAGCGUCUCCGGGGAGUACGAGAAUAAAAUCAAGCAGAACGAGAUGCUGGUGGCUGGAGCAGCGGUCGGCGUGGCGACGGUCUUUGGGGCACCCAUCAGCGGGGUGCUGUUCAGCAUCGAGGUCAUGUCCUCCCACUUUGCCGUCCGGGACUACUGGAGGGGCUUCUUCUCCGCCACUUGUGGGGCCUUCAUGUUCCGCCUGCUGGCCGUCUUCAACAGUGAGCAAGAGACCAUCAUGGCCCUCUUCAAGACCAGCUUCACGACAGACUUCCCCUUUGACCUGCCAGAGACCUUCUUCUUCGCGCUCCUGGGACUGCUCUGCGGGGGGGUGAGCUGCGCCUACCUCUUCAGCCAGCGCUGGUUCCUGGGCUACGUCCGGAGGAAUCUGCUCACGGCCCAGCUCCUGCAGACAGAGAAACCCCUUUACUCGGCGCUGGUGGCUCUCUUGCUCUCCUCCAUCACCUUCCCUCCCAGCCUGGGGCAGUUCAUGGCCUCCAGGCUGAGCAUGAAGGAACUGCUCACCUCCCUGCUGGACAACCACACCUGGAGUAUCCUGUCCCAGAACGCGUCGCUGGCCAAGCCGCUGCAGGUCACUCCUGAGGCCCUGUGGCUCGAGUGGUGGGACCCACGCGUCACCAUCUUUGGCACGCUGGCCAUCUUCCUGGUGAUGAAGUUUUGGAUGCUGAUCCUGGCGACCACCAUGCCGAUGCCUGCCGGGUAUUUCAUGCCCGUCUUCAUUUAUGGAGCGGCACUUGGGCGCCUGGUGGGAGAAGCCGUCGCCACCGUCUUUCCGCAGGGCAUCGCCUCCGAGGGCACCGUCAGCCUCGUCACUCCUGGGGGCUACGCACUGGCAGGGGCAGCAGCCUUCUCCGGCGCAGUCACCCACAGCCUCUCCACGGCCCUGCUGGCCUUUGAGAUGACGGGGCAGAUCAGCCACAUCCUGCCCGUCACCCUGGCAGUGCUGAUCGCCAACGCCGUGGCCCAGAAAUUCCAGCCCUCCUUCUACGAUGGCACCAUCAUCGUCAAGAAGCUGCCCUACCUGCCCCGCAUCCGCAGCAGGCACAUCGGCUCCUACAAGGUCACCACGCAGGAGUUCAUGAACACCAGUGUGGCCACCCUGCCCAAAGCUGCCACCUUUGAGGAUGUGCUCCAAGUGGUCACCUCGACAGCUGAGCUAGAGUACCCCGUGGUGGACAGCACUGAGACGGCCACGCUGCUGGGAGCCGUGCAGAGAGAGGCGCUCAUCACGUUCCUCCAGACCCAUGAUGCCACCGGCCCACCCCGUGCAGAGCAGGCGGGAGAGCCGCCUGCUUGCCCCACUGUGGGCGACAGCUGCCCCAUCUGCCCCGUGACUCUGCAGCUGUCUCCCUGGACGUCUCUGCACCAGGCUCACCACCUCUUCGAGCUGCUGAACCUGCAGCAGGCCUUCGUCACCCAGCUGGGAAAGGUGGUGGGCGUCGUCUCCAGGAAGGAGCUGAGGAAAGCUAUCGAAGACCUGGCAAAUCCCAAGCCAUGAAUCAGGGAGAGGGGCUGCCCUGCUGUGAGGCGCCGAGAAGCAGCCCGCACGUCACUGAGGAAGCGGCUUCCAGGGCAGGCGCCCGUCGGAUUGCUCUUGCUUUUUAUCUGGUUUUCACUGAAAAUUAAAAACUGCAGACCUUCAA